GGGGGGCAGCCGGCACGGCACCAACCGGAGCCUCUCCGAGUGCUGGCGGCGCGUCUGUGCCCGCGGCCACCGGGUGUCACCGCCCCGGCGAGCGCGGCGGGGCCGGGCCUGGCCCGGCCACCCCCCCGGGCCGGCAGCGGCGGCGAGGAGGGACCGGCGGCGGAGGAGCCGCGGAGGAGAAAGGAUGUAUGGAUUUAUAAACACAUGCCUGAAGUCUCUGGUGGUUGAAAAGUAUGGUGAAGAAACAUGGGAAAAAUUAAGACUGCAGGCUGGAGUCCAGGAUUCUUUCUUGACUUUUGAGGUUUACAAAGAUGAGAUCACCAUGCAGCUUGUCGACAAAGCCUGCAAAGUACUAGGUGUUCCUGCUGACUUGGUUCUGAGAGAGUUUGGGAAGUAUUUCUUUGAAUUCUGUAAGCGCUCAGGCUAUGACCACAUGCUGAGGACGCUGGGUGGAAAUCUCUAUGAGUUCAUAGAGAACCUGGAUGCAUUGCACAGCUACCUGUCCCUUUCUUACCAGGAAAUGAAUGCACCAUCUUUUAGAGUAGAAAAGAAUGAAGAUGGGUCAAUGCAUUUACAUUACUAUUCAGACAGAAGAGGUCUGUGCCAUAUUGUACCAGGAAUCAUUGGUGCAGCAGCCCUGGAUUUUUUUAACAUUGAGAUUUCAAUGAAAAUAGUCAACCAAACGGAAGAAGAAGAGAGAACUGGGAAAAAAGAACAUAUUGUUUUUCUGGUCACUCAAAACCCUGUGUUUCCAUGCAAGGAAAGAAAAGAAUUUUCGUCCUCACCUCAGUGUCUUGUUGACUCUGAAAAACAAAGUGAGAGCCAACUGAAUAAAGAGGACCUUGAAAAAGCCAAGAAUACAACCGGAGACAGAGGAAACUCUGUUUGUCCUGUUAAGAAAAGUCACUGGAAAACGUUAAGAGGAAUAAUCGCAUUAGGCAGAGGUAAGCUCCUGAGAGGAUUUGAUCCUGUUUAUCCCAAGAGCCUCUGGAUUGACACAAAAACAUUUUGCAAUGGACUUCCUUUCCAUAUGGUUUUCGACAAAGAGCUCAGAGUGAAGCAAGCUGGGGUGAGCAUUCAGAAGAUUGUACCUGGCCUCCAGACCAUGGGCAUCUCCUUGGACCAGUACUUCAGGAUCGUUCACCCAGAAGUACCUUUCACCAUCUCCAGCAUUCAGAAAUUCAUCAACAGCCAAUUUGUUUUCCAAACUAGAAGAGAGAUGAUGCCAGAGUCAUGGAAACAACGGCCCAUGCUAGAGCUGAGAGGGCAGAUGAUGUGGAUGGAGCCCCUGCAGUGCAUGCUCUACCUCUGCUCGCCUCUGCUUCGCACUCUGCACGAGCUGGAGGAGCGACAGAUGCACAUUGCAGACAUUGCCCCUCACGAUGUGACCAGGGAUUUGAUUCUCCUCAACCAGCAGCGACUGGCGGAGAUGGAGCUCUCUAACCAGCUGGAGAGGAAGAAGGAGGAACUGCGCAUCCUGUCCAAGCACCUGGAGGAAGAGAAGAAGAAGACUGAAGCUCUGCUCUAUGCCAUGCUUCCCCAGCACGUGGCCAACCAGCUGAAAGAGGGGAAGCGAGUCGAGGCAGGGGAGUUCCAGGAGUGCACCAUAUUGUUCAGUGAUGUUGUGACCUUUACCAACAUCUGUGCCCAAUGCGAGCCUAUUCAGAUAGUUCUCAUGUUGAACUCAAUGUACCUGCGAUUUGACAGGCUGACCACGGUGCACGACGUGUACAAGGUGGAGACAAUUGGAGAUGCCUAUAUGGUGGUAGGUGGGGUCCCUGUGCCUGUCCCCACUCACGCUGAGCGAGUUGCUAAUUUUGCCUUGGGGAUGAUAAUCGCAGCUAAAGGAGUACAGAACCCAGUUUCUGGAAAUCCUAUCCAAAUUCGAGUUGGGAUCCAUACAGGUCCUGUCCUGGCUGGAGUUGUUGGAGAAAAGAUGCCUCGUUAUUGCCUGUUUGGAGACACAGUGAAUAUAGCUUCCCGGAUGGAGAGCCACGGUGUCCCCAGUAAAAUACACCUGAGCUCCAGUGCCUACCAGUGCCUAAAAUACAAGAAUUUUGAGAUUACCGAGAGAGGAGAAAUAGAAGUAAAAGGCAAAGGGAAAAUGCACACAUACUUCCUCAUUAGAAAUAAAAAUGCAACUGAGAAUGAGAUUAUGGGAAGGCCAAUGAAAGACUCAGAUUCCAGCCAUGAAUCUGUUCAGUCUUUUCAAGAAGGCAGGACCGAAACAAUACCAAGUUCUCAUCAGCCAGUUACUCAGACUCAGCCACAGAAGGACCAGACCCCAACUAUUGCAAUGAAGUAUGCUGAUGGCCCCACAGAUGCUCAAAACAACCUCCAAAGAAGAAAUCAAAGGAAAAUUGCAGAUUUAACAGGCAAAACUUGUGAUUCCAAAAGCGAUGGGAGUCUCCAUGGCAACCAGCAUGCAGAUGAUGGUCCUCGUCCUCUAAACCAGGGAAGAGUCAAACCUGCUUCUGAAGAGCCACAGAACAGAAAUGUUCGCUCCAAUUUUUGCACUUUGCUCUAAGUUUCUCGGUUUUAUGUUAAACAGAGAAAUUUUGUUAUGAUCUUGUGCA